AUGCAGUGGGAUUCACAGGCCGUGGAGCCGCUGACGUGGCAGUACGCGGCUGGGUCCGCUCUCCAGUACAACCUGCGCUGGCUGCACGCAUUUGGCGUGUGGCCGCUGUCGGGUUCGCCGUUGUUUCGCAUCUUCACAGCCACCAUCUCCGCGCUGAGCUUGGGACACAUCGCCGAAGGCGUCGUCCACCUCUGCACGUUGCGCGGCGACCUGGAGGACUACACGUUGGCACUGUCGUGCUUGUCGAUAAUGGUCGUCGGUUCGACCAAGGCGGCGUUCUUCCUCUGCAACGAGGCCGGCUACUGUCGUCUGGUGCGGUGGCUGGACGCGCUGGUAAACAGCCAGAGAGAGUACGUGCGGAGCCGGUCUACGCGCGAGGCAAUCUUCGAGGAGGUGCAAAGACGCGGUAUUCGCAUCUCGAAAGCCUUCAACGCGUAUAACAUCUCCCUGCUCUCUCUUUGGUUCGUUGCACCACUGAUGUCACCCGAAAAAAGAUUACCUUUCCAGCAACUCCCAGUGACGAACACUACGAUCUUGCCCAUGUACGCGUAUGAGCUGUCUUACGCGUUGCAGGUCAUCUCGAUGUUUUUCGUUGGUUUAAUCCACGUGCAGAUGGAUAGUUUCUUCAUAGUGGUUAUGUUUCACAUCUCAGCUCAGCUCAAAAUUCUGAGCGAGCGCAUAGCUGAUCUUCAGCUUCGGAGAGGAGACAAGAAUGAACUGUUUGAGUCUAAUGAAAACAAGAGAUUGCAGAAGUCUAUGGCUGCUAUUGAGGCAUAUAAACAAUUGUGCCUUUGCAUCCGCACACAUCAGGAUAUAACAAGGUUUAUCGGGUACCUAGAAAGUAUUAUGAAUCCUAUAGCAAUGAUGCAGUUGGCCAUCGGAGUGUUCAACGGUUGUAUGAUGAUAUUCCCAGCGGCAUAUAGUGAUGAGAGCGGAGCCCUAUUCAAGGUGCUGGUCUGCGCCCCCGCGGUCAGCAUGCAGCUGCUGCUCUACUGUGUGGGAGCGCACAGCGUGCGGGAGCAGGCGGAGCUUGUGUCCACGGCUGCGUACAGCUGCGACUGGCCAGACACCAACAUCAGCUUUCAGAAGGCACUGCUGCUGGUCAUGGUUCGAGGGCAAAGGCCGUUGACGCUCACCGCUGGCGGAAUCUACCCCAUACAGAGGGGCACCUUCCUCUCGCUGCGUCUUGGUUUGACUGAAUUGUUGCAGCUGCUGAAUGCGGGCUACUCCUACUACGCGGUGCUGAAGAACUUCGCCGGCCGCUGA